CCCCCUCCCCCCUCUUCUCCCCUCUUUCCCUUUUCCCUUUUCCCGCCUCCUUCCCUCGUUUUCCCCCCCCUUCAUCCCAUGGACAUGGCACGGCCACCUUAAAAACGCCGCGCCGCCCCCUCCUCCCCCGAUCGCCGGGGCCGGUAUGAGUCAGGUGUGAAGCCCCCGCCGGGAGGAGGUCGUUGCCCUCGCUGGCUGCAGCCCUGACGCUGGGAUUUUCCUUUUUUUGGCUUUUUUAAUUUUUUUUUUUUUUUUUUUUUCGGCCCCACCACCUCCCUCCUUCCCUCCCUCGCUCCCUCCCUCCAGGAAUCCAGCGCUGCACCGAAGCCAGAAGAGAGGGAGCAAAACCCAGCCCAGGCCGAGAGCUGCGUCCAGAAACCAAACCCGCCCUUCGCGUCGCAAAGGAGAUUUUUUUUUUUUUUUUUUUAAAUCAUCACUAUUAUUAUUAUUAUUAUUUUUAUUUUUAAUACCCCUGACCCGAGCACGGUGGCGGCAGCGGCGCCGGGGCAGGGAGGCUGUCCCGGUUAUUUAUUCUCUCCCCGCAGAGCUGUCCCUCCGGCUCACCAUGAUGUUCCGAGACCAGGUUGGCGUGCUGGCCGGGUGGUUCAAGGGCUGGAACGAGUGCGAGCAGACUGUUGCGCUGCUCUCCCUGCUCAAACGCGUCAGCCGGACCCAGGCUCGCUUCCUCCAGCUCUGCCUCGAGCAUUCCCUGGCAGACUGCACCGAGCUCCACAUCCUCGAAGGGGAGGCGAACAACCCCGGAAUCAUUAACCAGUGGCAACAGGAAUCCAAGGAUAAAGCGAUCUCCCUCUUGUUAACCCACCUGCCUUUACUGAAGCCCGGCAACAUCGAGGCGAAAGUCGAGUACAUGAAACUCUUGCCCAAAAUCCUGGCGCACUCGAUCGAGCACAACCAGCACAUCGAGGAGAGCAGGCAGCUGCUGUCCUACGCCUUGAUACACCCCGCCACCUCCCUGGAGGACAGGAGCGCCCUGGCCAUGUGGCUCAACCACCUGGAGGACCGCACGUCGGGGGGCUUCGGCGGGCAGGGCCGCGGCCGCUCGGACUCGGUGGACUACGGGCAGGCUCACUACUAUCACCAAAGACAGAACUCCGACGACAAACUCAACGGGUGGCAGAACUCUCGGGACUCCGGCAUCAGCGUCAGCGCCUCCAGCUGGCAGGACAAAAGCCUGGCCUGCGAGAACGGCCACCUGCCCCUCUACUCCUCCUCCUCCGUCCCCACCACCAUCAACACCAUCGGCACUAGCACAAGCACCAUUCUCUCAGGCCAGACACACCACAGCCCUUUGAAACGCUCUGUGUCCCUUACCCCACCCAUGAAUGUGCCAAACCAACCUCUAGGACAUGGAUGGAUGUCUCAUGAGGACUUACGAGCUAGAGGACCCCAGUGCAUCCCUUCCGAUCAUGCCCCCCUGUCUCCACAAAGCAGUGUAGCCUCUUCGGGAAGUGGUGGGAGUGAACAUUUAGAAGAUCAGCCUUCCGCUCGUAACACAUUCCAGGAGGAAGGGAGUGGGAUGAAAGAUGUCCCAGCCUGGCUGAAGAGCCUUCGGCUGCACAAGUACGCCGCCCUCUUCUCCCAGAUGACGUACGAGGAGAUGAUGGCCCUCACCGAAUGCCAGCUCGAGGCACAAAACGUUACCAAAGGCGCGAGACACAAAAUAGUCAUCAGUAUCCAAAAGCUAAAAGAAAGACAAAACCUGCUCAAAUCUCUAGAAGGGGACAUCCUGGAAGGCGGCAACUUGCGUGUCCCGCUGCAGGAGCUGCACCAAAUGAUCCUCACCCCCAUCAAAGCCUACUCUUCCCAAAACUCCAGCACGGAGGAGCACAGCCGGGACGUGGACUCGCACCACCCCUCCUCCCUGCUGGGCUCGGACAGCCAAGGCUCGGACUGCAAGGACUCCGCGGCGGCCGGGAUGCAGCAGCACCAUCUGCCGGGAUGCGAGGGCGAGUCGGGAGGGGCCCCUUUGCCCGAGGGUGACCUGCCCGGGCAGUUCACCCGGGUGAUGGGGAAAGUCUGCACACAACUUUUAGUUUCCCGACCUGAUGAAGAGAAUAUAAGUUCCUAUUUACAGCUCAUAGACAAAUGUCUAAUCCACGAGGCGUUUACAGAGAUCCAGAAGAAGCGGCUGCUGUCAUGGAAACAGCAGGUGCAGAAACUCUUUCGGUCUUUCCCUCGGAAAUCCCUCCUGGAGCUGUCAGGCUAUCGGCAGCAGAGGAGCCGAGGCUUUGGCCAGUCCAACUCCCUCCCGACAGCCGGAUCCGCGGGGGCAGGGCUGGCACGGAGGAACCCCCGGCAGUUCCAGAUCCCCUCCCGCAACCUCCCCACGGCCCGGCUGGGGCUGCUGGGCCCCACGGGGCUGCUGGGCACCCCCCAGCGCAGCCCUGCCGCCAGCCCCGCCAUCCUCAAGCAAGGCAGGCAGAACCUGUGGUUUGCCAACCCUGGGGGCAGUAACAGCAUGCCCAGCCGGAGCCACAGCUCGGUGCAGAGGACGCGCUCGCUGCCGGUCCACACGUCCCCGCAGACCAUGCUGAUGUUUCAGCAGCCAGAGUUCCAGGUGCCGGUGACUGAACCUGACAUCAACAACAGGCUGGAGUCCCUGUGCCUGAGCAUGACGGAGCACGCACUCAGCGAUGGUGUCGACAGAACCUCCACGAUCUAGAAGGCGUCGCCACGGGGACGCUGGCCGGGACAACAACUGCUGCGGGUCCAGCGGCGAGGUCGGGGCUUGAGGGAGCCUCAGUGAUAGCUUGCAUCCUUUCUCCUCUCUCCUCUCCUCUCUCUCUCUCUCUCUCUCUCUCUCUCUCCUGUUUUAAUUUUGUGAAUGUGUAGAUUGUCCUUGUGAACAUAUCAUUAGACUUGGAAUUUGUGUUGUCAUUUAUUACAUCCAUGCUAAGGGGGGGAAAAAGAUGGCAAAAAAAAAAAAAAAAAAAAGAAGAAAUCUCAGCGACGAUGGUGAAGCAGCAUGGGGAGGUUGGGGCGGACAUGGAGGAGGAGGAGAGUGCUGACAACGGAGGGUUCACCGUGGGCAAACCCUGCUCCUGGAGGAGGAUACCAAGGAGCACGGAACACCACGUGGGGGGGUGUGUGACCAAAAAUCCUUCGGGGAGGAUCCACCUGCCCUGCCGGGGGCUUCGGGGACGGCAGUCCCGUCUCUCGAGUUCCGCUGCUUUCGGGUGCGGGCUGACCCGGCGAGCCCAGAUUGAAACAGAAAUAAUAAAAUAACCCCAGAAUUUCCUUUCAGUUUAGCCAGGAGAUCUGCAGUGUGGAGGCAGCGUUGUGCUCAGGGCAGUGGAGGUCGUCCCUGUGCCCAGCUUGCAUUGGGAUGGGGGAUGGAGCGGGGGCAUCUCGCCCAGAGGAGGGUCCCGGGGGGAGUCUGCGAACUGGGGGACACUGGGAGAGUUUCCUGCAUCCUGGCUCCACACAUCUGGCCCAGCCUGCCCAAAUCCAGCUGUAAGGGGCUUUUCCAGCAUGGCCAAUGAGGGAUGAAGGAGUCCCCAGAUAAAACCCAAGUCACAAAGGGCACCAAAAUGCAGCUUCACAGCCUUGUUUUCUUGGCAUUAACCGUGGGGCUGGCAGUGGCUGGGCUGCCCCUCACCCACUGCUGCUUUUUAUAACAGGAGCUAAAUUUGGUGUUAAAUUGGUAAAUCUGACCUGGCACUGCUCUGAGCUGCAGUGAUGCUCCCGCUGGUCCCGAUGCUGCUCCUCUGAUGGAAUAAUAACAAAUACAAAAUCAGUUAAUUGAGCUGAUGGGUGGCAGCAAUAUUUCCAGCAUGGGCUGUGAGGACAUGGGCAGCAUCGUGUGCCAGUAUCAGAGGGAGCAGGGCUCAGGGGGAGCCAGAGCACGGGCAGGGUUGGGAGACGUGUGAAUCCUUCUGUCAUGCAGCGUUUUUAAGUUGUUUUUCUAAAAAAAAAAAAAAGAAAUAUAUAUAUAUAUAUGUAUACAAAAACCCAAGUGCCAAAUGCAAUGUUUUAUGUUUGCUGUUCCUUGGUGUCCUGCUUCCCGGCAGACAGGAGGUUGAGGGGGGGGUGAUGGGGAGGGUGGAGAAGGGAAAACCUGAAGGCCAGGGAGGUUGGGAAGAGGUGUGAGGAGGUGAAGGCGAAGCGGGGUCGGCGCUGGGGACCUGGGUCACCCCCGAGCACCCCCAGCUUGUGAGGUGAGAGCGGAGCCGCCGUAGCAGGAGCCUCCCUCAGGGAGACUCCAGUGUAUUUACAGAGCUGAAAUUCUAUUUAUUCCUUCGCUGACUAUGGACACGGAGGUUUUCUGAUUGUUCAGAGAGAUUAUUUUGGAUAUUUUACCUAUUAACUUGCUGUGGCUGGGAACCAUGAUAAUGUCUGUUAUUAACAACCACCAAAUAAUUCAAUUGUUUUAUCCUUUUGAUGUUAAAAGAAGAAAAAAAAAGCUUAUUUUCCAUUGACAGUGUAGAGGUUAAUAACGACUCAGUUGUGUUUGCUGUUUCUUGUUUUGUUUUUUGAGUAAAAACAACAAAAAAGUGGCUUCAGUUGUGUUCGGGAAGUGCUGCCUGGCUCUGGCUGCCGGUGCUAAGUGCGGGUGGCAGAGCUCCAGGGAAAGAAGCUUAAAAGGCGGAGGGGGGGGAAAAAGCUUGAAUCCUAAAAGAAAUAAAAAUUACUUAUAGAAAGAAAAAAAAAAAAAAUUUAAAAAAAUCCUCCAACAGUUGCAUGAGCGAGGCUGCGAGGUCAAAUAUUCAGUAAUAAAGCGGCAGUGCCUUUCUUUUUGUAUCCCCCCGCUCGCCCCACUGCAACUGUCCCCUCCCUGUCCUGUCCGAGAUGUCGCCGCCGCGGGGCCCUGGGGGUCGGGCGGGCAAGUCCCCCCCUCCCGCUGCUCGCCCAGCUCCAGCCCCGGGCUCCCCCCAGCUCCGCCGGGACCUUUCCCUGGUGCUGUUCCCCCGGCCAGCCCAGCGCACACAAGUGGCCUUGGGCCCGGCGGAUGCGACACCCACGGGGACACAACCCUGUCCCUUCCGUGCCGUCCCCAUCCCCAGGGACACCCCGAGCUCGGCUGGGCUGGCGUUGGGCUCAGCUCAGCGAAACCCUCGAAGGGGUUUAGGGUGGCCGAGGCCGGGCAGCAUCCAGCAGGAAAAUCCCAAACUGCGGCGGUUUGGGUCAGCGCUUAGGGAAACGAUUUCUGUUUGUCACCUUUCUCCAUGUCGGGUUUGGCUUUCGGAAUGUGCCUGAUGGAAAGUGGGUCCCGCAGACGUCUAUAAUUUGCACACAGCGACGAUAACACUAAAGUUGAUUUUAUACGAGUCAUCAGAGUUUGCAAAGUGAGUUUUAUUUUUUGUAUUCCUUUUAUCUUUACUUAAAGGUGAAUGUGUAUUCCUCUGGGAGGAAUAGGAAGAAAAAAAAAGAAAAAAAGAAAAAUACAUAAAAAAACGGGAAUGUUAAUAAUGUUAAACAGAAUACUUCCUCCCUUAUUAAUAUAUAUAACCCUGAUGUAUUUAUGCCUAUUGUAAGCUGACUUUAAAGAGCUUUGACCUCUCUUCUGUUGCAUGCCGUUCCCGGGCAGCCUCUCCUUGUCCAUGCAUGCCUUUUGUCCUGGUUUUUCUGUACAAAGUUAGUGCACAAAAGAACUAUUUUUGCCUAGUUAAUGUUGCCGAGCAAUGCCUAUUUUUUAAAUUUUAAUUUCCUUUUUUUUUUUUUUUUUUUUUUUUUUUUUUUGGUCAUAUACGGCAAUAGCAUGUUUGUUACAUGUAAAAGCUUCCCGAUAUAAAGAAAUACUAAUGUUUGGAGAUGCCAGUCUUUGCAAGUGUACAGUUUUCCAAUGUUGUUCCCAGUGAAACACCCUCGUGAUUUCCACUUGCUCCGAUGUAUUUAUUACUCAUUUCCUCCCGUGUAACUAGGAACCAUGGCUAUAUUUCAUAUCUGCGCUAUAUUGAAAGUGAAGGGAGAUGAUUAAUACAAGGUUUUGUAACA